GAUCGUUCUUCCUCUCGCAAUAGAUUCAUCCAAAGCAGUUCCUUCCAGAUCGACGAGAUUUCACGAUGCCGUACUACACGAGGGACGAUGAGGCGGUGGAUGACUUCGACGAGUACGAUCCGACGCCCUACGGCGGAGGAUUUGACCUAUUUCUGACAUAUGGCCGUCCAAUUUCGCCCUGCGAAGAUACCUGCUACCCGCACUCUGCUGGCAACGAUAACGAGUUUGAUUACGAGCGUCCCCAGUUUGAAUCCAAUGCCCAGCCCUCAGCUUAUGGCGACGACGCCCUCCAGGCUGAGUACAGCAGUUACUCCCGCCCUAAGCCUCAUUCUUAUGGUGCUCCGCCUCGUCCUGUGGAACAAGAAUACGGAUCUGGUGGUUAUGAGUCUGCUAGGCCCCAGCCGGCUUAUGGGUACCAGCAAAGUGGAUCCGAGUACGGAUCUGAAGGAUAUGGUCGGAAAUCGGAGUCGGAGCAACAGGAGUACGGAUCUGGUGGGUAUAGGCGGAAACAGGAAUCGGAGUCUUACGGAUCUGAAGAAUACGGAUCUGGUGGGUAUGGGCGGAAACAGGAAUCGGAAUCUUACGGGUCUGGUGGUUAUGGGGGGAGACAGGAAUCCGAUUCUUACGGAUCUGGUGGUGGGUAUGGGCGGAAACAGGAAUCGGAUUCUUACGGGUCUGGUGGUUAUGGGGGGAGACAGGAAUCGGACUCUUACGGGUCUGGUGGUUAUGGGGGGAGACAGGAAUCGGAUUCUUACGGAUCCGGUGGUGGUUAUGGGCGGAAACAGGAAUCGGAUUCUUAUGGAUCUGGUGGGUAUGGGCGGAAACAGGAAUCGGAGUCUUACGGAUCUGGUGGUGGGUAUGGGCGGAGAGAGGAGGGGGAAUCGGAGUCGUAUGGGUCUGGUGGGUACCGGAGGCAGUCGGAGACUGAAGAGUACGGAUCCGGGCGAAAACAGAGUUAUGGGGAAGAAGAGGGGAGUGGGGGGUAUGGGAAGCAGGAGUAUGAGAGUUCUGGGUAUAGAAGGGAGAAGUAUGAGAGGCCAAAUUAUGGGGAUGAGGAGCGGAUGAGGCCGAGCUAUGGGCGGUCGGAGGAGGAGGAUUACAGGAAGCCAAGCUACGCGGAGGACGAGGAGCGUGAGUAUGCGUAUGGGGAAGAGGGAUAUGGGCGCAAGAAAUACGGUGGUGAUUCUGACGAGGACAGCCGCCGCCACCAUCACCACCGCAGGAACUAUGAGGAUGAGUGAGUGAGUGAGUGAGUGAUGGCCGAUGGGCGUUCUCAAAUUGGCACUAAAUAAAAGGUUGGGAUACCCACAUUGGCUGCUUCUCCGCUCAUCCAACUGUGCUGUGUUAUGCUUUGUUUGCAUGAUCAACUGUUGAAUGCUUUGUGUGUGUGUGUGUUUUUUUUUUUUGUUUGUUUGUUUGAUGGUUUUGGGACAUAACUUUAUCCAUCUACUUCUAUACUUGAAUCAAGCUUAUGAUGAUGCUUUGAUAAUUUUUCUGUUCU